AUGACACAGCUAAGCGAAGCACAAGCGGGCGCACUCUGCUGUCUCAGAAGCCACAACCUGGUUCUUGAUAGCUGCAACUUCCUCAACAACGACCGGAAAGGCGGCCAGGUCAGGAGGUUUCCGCUGCCCCUUCGUGGCUCGGUCAAGCUGGCGUGUCCCCUGGCUGACCUGUCGUCGGUAGUGAAGAGGCAGAAGGAGCUGCAAUGGCUUGACAACAUCCAUCACAAUGUGUGGUGGGGACGUGCGGCACAGGACAGCUCGGCCGUCCAGCAGGCGUGUGCCUCCAGCUCCUCUUCGCUGGUAACGACGCCUACGCUGUUCGUGAUGCGGGAACGGCACGCCAACUAUGCCCAUGAGAUGGAGGCGGCCUCCAUGGUCUUUGCUUUCCUGGCGGCGCUCGAUCCGGAAGAUGUUGGGCGUCAUGGAUUGCAGGUGGUGAUUGUCGACCUUGCGCCCCCUAUGGCCUUUUUAGAGAUGUGGGCGCGCAUCUCCCGCCCGUACCCGCUGCGCAUCCUGAUGAACGAUCCCUUCCCGCCCAACACCUGCUUCCGCUCUGCCUUCCACAUCUACACGUUCGCCGGCGGGAUCGGAUACAACACCGACCCCGAUGGCGUCUCCUGCGUGAGUUCGGUGGUCACGGGAUUCAGCAAUUGGUUGCGGCACCUGUACGGCGAAGCCGACCCGUGGGCGUCGCGGUCUACGCCCACGUCAGCGCUGUCGGCUGAGGUGGUGGCAGGGCCGGCGGCCGAGGAGGCAGGCAUCCGAGGUCUGCGACCGCCUGCAGGUGGCAUCGUGCUCAGAAAUGUGGUGUGGCUUAGUAGGAGGAGCUCAGACAUUGUGAGGGUGCUGCUGAACGAGUCGACGGCCGGGAGGUUCAUGCGGAUGGUGCGCAACGAUGUGGCAGUGGUGGCGGGCAUUCAAGCUGCCGUUCAGGAGUGGAACGCGGAGAGCUGUUUGCUGCAGCGCUUCGACAAAAAUGUCAAAGCGGCGUACGAGCUAUCGCUGACGGUUGUGGACGGAGUGCAUGCCGUCAGCGUGGUCACGGCUCGGCGAAUGGACCCCAACAUUACGUCCACCUUGGCGGCGGAGGAGGGAAGCCGUAGGAGCCUCCUCUUAAACCGCAGCACACAGCUGCCGCAGGGACGAGAUGUCCAUGAGCCGCAGCAUGUACGGCACAAGCAACUCGACCAUGGGCAGAGGGAAAGCUUCACCGACGCCACAGAGGCUCGGUUUGAAGAGGCCGACUUCGAUGAGGAGUUGUUUCACGUGCAUGUGCGGACAAUGCUCCGCACUGGUGUGUUAGUGGGCAUACAAAGCGCCGGCCUGGCGCAUGGCUACUUCAUGCCGCCGGGCCAGAGUGCCGUACUGCAGCUGCUGGGCCAGUCGUUCGCAAGGCUAAGCGGGGGCAACGUCUUCCGCAAUAUGGCCUCGGGUGCGGGAAAUUACUACGAAGAUGUGCUGUAUGACAACUUGGACCUUGAUGUCACGCAGCUCAAGGCGGCAGUCAAGCGAGCAAUGGACUUCGUGGCGACUAAGACGAUGGAGGCGCAGCGGCGGCGCAGCGGCGCGUUGCGGCUGGUGCUUGUGGAUCAGAAACACUUUGCAAUAGUGGCACCUUCGAAGAAACAGUGCCAUGGCAACGGCGCGGCUGGCUCCCCAUUGACACAACACGACACGUCCAAUUAG